AUUGUAUAUCAACUAGUACAUUCGAUUACUCUCAACCACAUUAUUGUAAGAGAGAUCAUAGAGAUUGACAUGGCAACUACCACCUUCUCGUCUCGUGGUGUACAAACGAUGAACACCAUGUUCGUCAAGCCGAUGCUUAGGAAAUCGAUCCACAAGAAGAGCGCGUCACACGACAUAGUUAGGGACACGGUGAAGACGGAUGGAGCCGGCUGCGCAGGAGAGGAGAUGAAGACGACGAGAGGUUUCUCCGUCGCCGGAGAUACGUCGUCGUCAGAGAGUAGUUGGAUCCCACAUGAAGGUACGGGAAUAUACUAUCCAAAGGGACAGGAAAAGGUGAUGCAAGAUGUGCCUCCUCCUCCAGCUGGCAGCAACGUGGACGAGCUCGUUAAUUGGUUCUCUUGAUAUACACUCUAUUGUAUCAUCUCGAUCUCAUGAUCUCAAAAUUAUUAUCUCUAUAAGUCUAGUUAUUAUUGUAAGGUACUUCUCUGCACCAGUCCUAUGGUAUGAUACAUCAUGUGUGUAAUUA